UGCUUACCAAUCAUUGCUACAUUGGAGAGGAUCCUGAGCCAGACCCAGCCAAUGGGAAGGGAGAAUAACAUUGGCCUGGGCUCACAGAGCCCAUAAGGGAUUGGGGAAGAACCAGAAGAGGUUUGUUUUAUCUGCUUGGGAAGAUGUGUCUUGCUAGAAGGAGCCUAGAAGUCUGAUACAUUUCAGGGAUCUUGUUUCUUCUCUCCUGCUCCGUUGUAUUUAUCACUGACAGGUGUUUUUCACCUUGCGUGAGGAUGCGUGAAGGGAGUCAAAGGUCUAGCAGUCUUCCUUCAAUCCCAGCUUGGACACAUCCUCACUCCGUUGCCUCCGCAUAUGAUAAUGGGAUCAUGCUGUACAUGAGACAUUUAAGCAAGAUGGAGCUAAAAGUCUUCAAGAAGCUGUUGAAUGAGCACUUCCUGCCCGACUCUCUCGGCUUCACCUGGGAGCAGCUGGACAGAGCUAGCUGGGCAGAGAUGGUUCAUCUCUUAAUAGAAUUUCUUCCUGGAGCACAAGCUUGGGAUGUGGCUCAGGAAAUCUUGAACAGAAUGAACCAGAGAGGACUGUGUUCCCUGGCACAUACAGAGCGAAUGAGCAUUCUUCCUACCUUGGAACCACUGGACUUCCACCUAAGGAAAAGACCACUGAGUUUGACAGAAGAAGAACGUGAUAAAAUACAAGAGUACAAACAACGCGUGGUGGAAGAGACCCACCCUGUGUGGAACAACACCAUGUGGCCUGGAAACCAAGCAGACUUCUUGUACAGCAGGGUGGAAAACCACGAGGCAAUGCUGCCAUGUCUCUUUCUACCCAGGAGGCCCCAGGGCAGACAGCCUAAGACUGUGGUCAUCCACGGAAUUCCGGGUAUCGGAAAAACAACCCUGGCCAGAAAGAUGAUGAUGCAGUGGGCGCGCAACGAGUUCUACGCACACAAAUUCAAGUUCGCUUUCUACUUCCAUUGCCGAGAACUGCACAGGCUGGGGGAGCUCAGCUUCUCUGAGUUGAUUGAGCGCCAAAGGCUUAGGCCUCGGGCUCUCGUGUCUAAGGUUUUAUCCAGACCAGAUCAACUUCUACUCCUGUUGGAUGGUUUUGAGGAACUCACAUCUCCCCUCGUCACAGGACCAGCUGGUCUGAUGGAAGACUGGAACCAGAAGUUGCCUGGGUCUGUUCUCCUAAGCAGUUUGCUAAGCAAAAGGAUGCUUCCAGAAGCCACGCUCCUGAUCAUGGUGAGACCAGCCUCCUGGAGAGGAAUUAAAGUCUUAGUCAAAUAUCCCUUCCAUGUCGUCCUGACGGGAUUUAACAGGAUUGAAGCACUCAACUAUCUCAGGUUGUAUUUCACAAGCAAAACGAUAAGCAACCAAGCUGUGGAUUUUGCCAUGAAAAACAGCACUCUUUUGUCCAUGUGUCGGGUCCCUGUGGUAUGCUGGGUGGUAUGCUGCUGUCUAAGAACACAAAUACAGAAAAUGGUAGAUCUCACAAAGGCUUGUCCAAAUGUAACAUCUGUGUUUGUCUUGUAUCUGGCUAAUUUGUUCCCAACUAUAUUUAAGAAACUUCCCUAUGGUGAUUACAAAAAACAACUGGAAGGUGUGUGCCGUCUGGCUGCCCAGGGCAUAUGGAACCUGAAGAGUGUGUUUGACAAGAGGGACUUUCAGUGUGUCAUGGUGGAUGAGACCACCAUAGACAACUUUCUUUAUGUGAACAUUCUUCAAAAGCUAGAAGGCCAAGGAGAUCGUUAUGUGUUUGCCUUGUUUACUUUCCAGGAAUUUUUUGGUGCCUUGUUUUAUGUUCUCUUUUCUCCCCGAAGAAUGAUGUAUUAUCACCCUCUGAGCCAUAUCAACAUCUGGAAUCUGAUCACAAUGUCAAGAGAAAGAGCAAUGUUUGGGUAUCAAAUGGGACUUUUCUUAUUUGGUCUUUUUAAUGAAGAGUGUGCUGGCAUCGCGAUGAGGUCCUUCAAGUGCAAAUUAUGCCUUAAAAACAAAUUAAAGGCCAUGAAAGUGAUAACCAGGUUGAAGGACUAUGAAGGCUAUGAGUAUUCACAGCUAUUCCAUUGUCUCUGGGAAACCAGGGAGGAGAGCUUUGUAAAGUAUGUGCUGCUGGGUUAUCAGAAAGUUUCUUUGAAGAUCAAGAGCCAGGAAGACCUUCAGACAUCUGCCUUUUGCCUUAAGCACUGUGGAGAUUUGAAGAAAAUGGAACUGACUCUCUCAAGAGACUUCUACAAGGAGCUUUGGCCCAGCUCAGCAGAUCCUUCUUAUGGUGCUCAAGUGGAAGAAAAUGAGAUUCUUUUCACCUGGUGGCAAGAUAUCUGCUCUGUGUUUGAAACAACUGAAGGUUUGAAAGUGCUGGCUGUCACUGACAGCAUCCUGGAGGCCCCAUUCAUGCAGAUAUUCACCAGGGCCCUGAAGCAGCCCCACUGUAAACUGCUAAGACUACAUUUGAGGUAUGCGAGUCACAUGUUGUGUGAAGACCUAUCCUGCGUUUUGACUGAAAACAAGCAUCUGCGACAGCUGUGGAUAGAACACACAAGACUGGCAGGCGAGGCCAUGAAAUUCCUGUGUAGCGCGCUGAGAUCGCACCACUGUCUUCUGCAGUUUGUGAGGUUGGAGUACUGUGAGGCCACCUCUAGAGACUGGUAUUAUCUCGCCAGUGAUCUUCAAAGGAAUGCACAGCUGAGGACCCUACUGAUGAGACAAAAUUCCCUACAUAUAUUCAGUGUGUACUACCUGCUAAUGAGUCGCCUCAGGGAGCUGGCGCUGGAGAACUGUAACCUCACUGGGAUCUCCUGUGAAGGAAUUGCCUUCGCUCUCAGGCACAAUAAGAUGCUGACCCACCUGAGCCUGGCAGAGAACAACUUGAGGGAUGCAGGGUCGAGGCAUAUCUGGAGAGCUUUUAAAUAUUUAACAUGUCCUUUGCAGAGACUGGUACUGAGGCAGUGUUCCUUGACUUCAGCUUGCUGUAAGUACAUGACGUCAGCUCUCAAGAACAACAAAAGCCUGAGAAGUCUGGACCUGAGUUGCAAUAGGCUGAAGGACGAUGGGGUCAUCCUACUCUGUGACGCUCUGGCAGAUGCUGACUGCAACGUGUCAAUUCUGGAGCUGGAAUGGUGCGGCUUCACCUCCUAUGCUUGCCAUGCUAUAGCAUCCAUGCUUGGCAGUCACAGGAAGCUGAUGUACUUGGACCUGAGCAAGAAUGUCAUCGGAGUCAGUGGCAUACUGACCUUGAGCCUGGCAUUCUUGUCGCAUAGGCAGGGAGAAGAUGUCAUUCUGGAGAAGACAUCGAAUGAUAGAGUGGACAUGUACACAAGGCUAAAGGGCCCAGAGGUAGAGGAUGGCUGUCUGAAGAUCGUGCAAGACUGGAACUCUUAAUGCCUCAAGAUGCUAUGGAUGCAAAUCCUUUCUAAUUUAAACUGGAAGCAGCUUUUUAUUUACAGGCCCUUAUUUGAGGGGAACAGGCUAGUUUUCAGGAGCUUGGUGUGAGCCCCCUCUGUCUUAGGGACUAUCCCUGUAUUCCUAUGCAGAUCAGACACUGAAGAGGGACCAGAUGGUUAGGAGGGUUGGGAAAUCUGUUUCACCUGCUGGGGUGCUGGGAGAACUAAAUUAAAUACACCAGGGAUGCACAUGGACAAGUGUUCAUUAACUAAUUGCCCAGCAUGUGCACUAUUCAGAAGAAAUAAACGUGUUCCUCCUCUAA